UCACUCUCGGUUAUUAAGUAGUUCGUAUUGAAUUGCAGUUGGGGGAGACCUUUUCUCUCAUGACAGCUGCUACAUUUGCCAGAUCUUGUUUCCCGGUCCAUGUUUUACGGGAGGUUUUGGCGAACGCCAAUUGAGUUUGUUUCUAUAGAAACGCGAACCUGGCCGGAAAGAACGUGGAGGAUUGUAAAGAUGCUACUCAAAUAUUCUAUUCUUAUCACAUGUUUUGCUCUUCUUGAGUUAAACUCGGUUAUUGGUACAAGAAAUGACAACGGUUUAAAAGGAAGGUCUGCAAGAGUCAACCGUUUUCACAUAUUUCUAAAAGACUUCAAAGUUUUGCCGACCAAGGAGGUAUCACCCACACCAAGUCAACAGUACGAUGCCUUGUUACAGAUGCAAUCGACAAUCCAGUGAAUAGGGCAAACACCUGUCCAUUUGGCUAAAAUUUGGCGCGGCCUUCUUCACAAAUUAAUCAUACGAACCGUUUUCACUAGAUAAGUCGGAGUUAUCAUGAGGAGAUUCAAGGUAUUCCUUUUUAAACGUGUUAUUAUCAUCACACUUUGUGUUCUUUUACCCUACUACGCGAGUCUGCGUAUUAAAUGGAAACAAGUCCUGAAUCUAAUACCAGAACAUACUGAUUCCUGUGGCACUAAGCAGCCUUUUACUUCAUAUGAAUCAAAAACACAACAUCAAAAUCACGAACAUGAAGGAGCGCAAACGGCAGUCGUCUUGAAGACACGAAGUGAACAGUUUGACAUCAAAACACAGUACAGGGAAGGAAAUAAGAUCAAACAACAACAACAACAACAACAAAUGCCUUCUACAAGAAAGAAUGUCAUUAUAUUGAGUCAAGGUAGAGGAGGGUCCUCUUUCCUUGGAGGGAUUUUCAAUUGCAAUCCUCAAGUAAUGUACUGGUUUGAGCCUCUUUUUAAUGUUGGAAAAUUAUUAAAUGUGAACGUGUUUAUGGAAAAGGAGCCGAGCACAUACAAAGACAUCUGUCUUCAGUUAAUCGAUAGCUUUUUCAAAUGCGAUUUUAGUAAUCUAACGAAAGCGACUUUAUCAGAACUAUCAGCCAGCGGAUUUCGGAUUCAUAGUAAUGCAUUGACUAGCGGGGAUUUAUGUCCUGACAAGCCCAAGUCUAACAAAUGCGCUUCUUUCAAAACAACAUUGCUUAGCAAGGCCUGUAGCUCUUACAAGCAUACAGUUAUCAAAAUUUUAAGUCCUCGUUUGCCAAACAACACAGUACAAAGUCUUCGAGAACUUUUCACUCAGCGGAACAGAUAUGAUGUGAGAUUCAUUAACUUGGUCCGGGAUCCUAGGGCUGUAGUUUAUUCCUGGGUGGAGUCAAACUGGAUCAAGAAUCACUCAGAUCAAGAGUUUCGUGGAAAUGUUCAUAAGAUUUGUGAUCCCAUAGAGAACAAUGUACGAUAUGGUUUGAUUUCUGCCCCUUCCUGGCUAAAAAAUCGCUUCAAAGUAAUUCGCUACGAAGACCUUGUGGUCAAUACUACAAAGGUAGCACGGAAACUAUACAGAUACGCGGGAAUUGACUGGUCGAUAGACGUUGAUAAAUGGAUAAGUGAUCAUCAAAUGGGGCUGAGCAAUGCGCGGGUAUAUAAGAAUCCGUAUUCCCUGUUUAAAAAUGCUUCAUUUGCUAUUAAUAAGUGGAAAACACAAGCUUCAAAAGAGAUGAUAAGACUCGUGGAAGAUGUCUGCGACGGUUUGAUGAAUAUUAUGGGUUAUAGCAAAUGGAACAAGGGUGACAGAUAACUUUAUUUCGAUAUCAUUCGUUGAGAGGAAGGUUAGUGUUCCGGUUUGUUAAAAUGGAUCAGGUGGUAAAUACUUUAAUUAAAUUGAAAAACUCGGCGCCAAACUUCCCGUUGUAGAAGAGUUAUCCCUUCUUCCCUCGAAUUUUCCCCCCAAAAUAUCUGUUCCCUUGAAGUAAACGAUCGUGACCUAGCAGCCUCUUUUCCCAAACACGCCUGCGGGGCCCUCAUUUGUUUGUGUACAGAGCAAAACGUACUGAGCUGUACCAUGAGCGGCAGCAAACAUCAAAAUUGCAUAAUACCUGAGUUGCACGGAUUUUGUUUUUAGAAAUCUGCGGCAAAGAACCUCGAUACUUCAAUAGCUUUAGUUAAAAGAUCUAGCUAAUGUCCUAAUAUUGUAAGGUUUUUGCCUCUGUAAUUUCCUACAUGUAGUUCUUGAAAUGAAGAUUCGGAAAUAUUUCAGGUUUGUUCUACAACCGAGUCACACUGUUUGUGAGCUGGUAGCCUAGCUUAUGGCAGCUUUCGUCUGACUUAUUAAAAGGAGGGUUGACUAAUAACCGGGAAUCUAGGAAGUGAAUUUAAUUAGAUCUUGUUCAUCUCUGAGAAUUGUAACGAGGAAACAGAACUACUAACAAAGUAAAAGUAUCGAAUAACUAUUAAAGAACACGAACCUUCA